GAUCCAUGCAAAAGACCCGUUGCCUUCUUUUUGAAUACUGUUACUGCAGAUACAACUGGUAUCUGGACCAAAUACACUAGACACAAUGCUGGAAGUUGUGUUAAAUUUAAAGCACUAGAGAGAUUGAAAGCAGUUAGCGCGUCGUCAUUGCUGCGAUAUUUCAUCGUUUUCUGAUGAAACAAUGACUGUCCAAAUAAGGAAAUGUGGAGUUCAUGAAUUGAUUGCCGUGCAGGGAUAACUAAUCUUGCAUUACCUUUGGGUAUCUCAUGGCGGUCAACCCAGAUCUGGCGGAAGUUGUUCACAUUCUUGAGUGAAGGUUAUCUGGUCAACAAAGGAAAAAUCAAAGAUGCAGAUUGCUAAAGUAAUGUCCAAAUCUGAAGCAUCAUGUCGCCUCCUAACCUUGAUGAUCAUUUCAUUCCUUCUAUGCACGACGUAUCUUCUUGCAUCAGUCUUGAUCCUCCCAAGGGCGAAGGUAAUACAUUUUUCCGAUUCCUUACAAGGCUGGUCAUCACCAACCACCCUUCAACACAUCGUCUUUGGCAUUGCCUCGAGCGAGAAGUCCUGGCCGAGCAGGAAGGAGUAUGUUAGAAUCUGGUGGAGGCCCGAGGAGAUGAGGGGUUGUGUUUUCCUGGAACGCAUGCCACCAAACGGAACUCUUGACCAGGCUGAUACUGGUUCUCUUCCUCCUAUAUGUGUAUCGGAGGACACAUCAAGUUUCCGUUACACAUACAGGAACGGCGGCCUCCCGUCAGCCAUACGCGUGGCACGUAUGGUGUCGGAGACUGUUGCCCUCAACCACACCGAUGUGAGGUGGUUUGUGUUUGGGGAUGAUGACACGCUCUUCUUCCCUGAGAAUCUUGUCAAAACCCUUUCCAAGUAUGAUGAUGGCCUGUGGUAUUACAUUGGAACAAACUCGGAGAGUUUUGCUCAGAACAAGUUCUUCUCCUAUGAAAUGGCCUUUGGAGGAGCUGGUUUUGCUGUCAGCUAUCCUCUGGCCAAGGUUUUGGCUUCUGUGCUCGACUCGUGUUUGGCUCGAUACCCUCACCUUUUUGGAAGUGACGGCAGGAUUCAAGCCUGCCUUGCUGAGCUUGGCAUCAGUCUCACUCAUGAGCCAGGAUUCCAUCAGAUGGAUAUUCGUGGGAGUAUGCUCGGAUUCUUGACCUCUCACCCACUCAGGCCUAUUGUUUCUCUCCAUCACUGGGACGCCAUGGAUUCGAUUUUCCCGAAAAUGGAACGAAAAGAUGCUAUACUACACUUGUUUCAAGCCGUGAACAUCGAUUCCCAGAGGGUCAUGCAGCAGACAGUGUGUUACGAUCGUUGGUUUUCUUGGACAAUCUCUAUUUCUUGGGGCUAUGCAGUCCAAAUCUUCCCGCACCACCUCUCCUUGCCAGAGGCACUGCGCACUCUAGAAACCUACCAGCCGUGGAAGAAAGGGGCAAGCGGCAUUCAUGAGUUGUAUGAUGUAGACACAUUAGCCCUCCACCCUGAUCCCUGCCGUAGGCCUACUGUGUUUUUCUUGCACAGUGUGUCCUCUGCUACGGAUGGGAUAAGGAGCAUUUACAGAAAUAUGACCUCCGAAAAUUGCACUUACAACGACCCGCGCUCUCCAAGGAAGCUUGAACAGAUCAUAGUUAUGUCACACAAGCUUGAUCUUGAUCAGAAACAGCUUCUGGCGCCGCGGAGACAAUGCUGUGAUGUGCUGCCUUCUGCUGCUGGGAAUGUGAUGGAGAUUGCUGUUAGAGAAUGUGGCCAUGAAGAGUGGAUACAUAUGCAUUGAUUUUGGUACAUGAUGGGGUACGUACUAAACAAGCCCAAUAGCAGUGACGGCCCAUCAGCCCAAAGACCAAGGAAGAGUAUCAGUUCGGCAUUACCAAAGAGUUCGGCCCUAGCCUACA